AUGAGUGGAUGGUUGGACGGGUGGAUGUGGGGCUGGCAACAGGGCCUGGUGCGGAGGCCGACGUCUCGGGAGGGGGCAGGUGCGGAUUUGUGCGCAAAUGGCCUACAAGUUGAUGGUUGUGUCGAGGGUGUGUCGGUUGCACAACUGGCAUCGAGCCACACCCGCAGGCAAGCAUACAACGACGAGUUGCACGCCAGGCGAGACGAACGGACUCGGUGCCCAGCAUGCGCCCUCCUCCUUCGUCCGAGCGCCGGCAGCUCCAGCCUCAGCCAGCGCUCUACCCCCUUUUUGAUGGGCCCCUCGCCCCCUUCACCUUGGACCGGGCUCAAGUCGCCUCGACAGUGGAUAACAUAA